UGAAAUUUCAAAUUUUGAAGAGCGAUUUACAAAAACCGUUGAUUAAAAAUGAAACCUUCACGCCAUUGUUCAAUACUAUCAAAGUUCAGUGCUUUCUCUAUAACCAACAAUCGACAUUGGAAGAAGAAAACUCUAAUCUUCGCUAGUUGAAGUCUGAUUGGUAAAAAAGAAUCAGAAUCCAGUGAAGGGUCUAAAUAUGAGUUUCCACACCAUAUCAUGUAAGAUUCUUACAUCUCUUUACAAGAACCUGUUCUCUUUUGUUAUCUCUUCUUAUUCACACACUUGUUUCUUAGAUAAGGCUAAAAAGGCAAACAUGUGAAAUCUAUGGCUGAUAAAAAAGGGUUUUGAUAAGAUAAUGAAAAGGCCAUUCUUGGUUUUCAUGUUUGGUUGAUUUGAUUUUCCUUUACCAUUUUAACUAAAAUUGAAUUAGAAAAAAAAUUCAAUCUUUCUGUUUUCUUGUAUAUGGUUGUUGCUAUGUAGCGUGGCAACACACCUCUACUUGUACCUGGUCCCCCAAACAUCUCAACAUAAUCUAAAUCUCACAUUUUUCUUAUGCAAAUGGACCAAACUUAUUUCUUGAAUGACCUUUACCAAAUUUUGAGAUCACUAAUCUUUAUAUUGACUAGAUUUGUCUUUGAUAAAUGUCUUAUCUUUAACUAACUUAUGUGUUUAGUUCACCGUCUAGUUUGGUAAAUUGCUAUAACACAAGAGACAGAAUUCUUAAUCUUUAGCUUUGAACUUUUAAUUGAGUUUUUUUUCACAGCUGCUUCUUGGUCAUGGCUUAAGACCCCAUCUAUUACGAUACAUGUCUAUUUCCUCAUCUGUCUUGAGCUAAAAACAGCGACUAUUAUUGGUUGUUUUUUCAUUUUAUUUAAUGCUGAGAUUUUUGGACUCUGAUGCAUGCGACUUGAGAGGUCCAUAAAGCUGAUAAGAUCGAAUUUUGUGAUGAUAAGUGUCUUUUUUUUUUCCUUCUUUUCUUUGGUGGACAUAGUUCUGUAAAGUUUUGUCAGUACCUGGAAGUUUCUCUUACAGAAGCAAGUGUGUUUAUCCAUUUGUCAUAAGGUUGAUGAACAAGAUUUGGACUAGAGAUUGUUUGAAGGAACGAUGGGUUAAGUUAGUAUCAGUAGAGUGAUAAUUUUAAGGAGACUUUCCGGUUCUGUAGAUGAGACGGGGAAGGGAAUUGAUUCCCAUUUCAAGAUUUUAAUAUAUGUUUGUCCGGAUAGGGUUUGUUGUUGCUGCUUCCAUUGCAGCAGUUACUGUUAAGCGGCUCAACGUUAAACCCUCCAAACCAAGCAAACCAUCAGAUAAUGGCGAAGGAGGCGACAAAGAACAGUCUGUGGAUCCCGACUACAAUCUCAAUGACAAGAAUCUGCAAGAGGAGGAAGAGGAAGAAGAAGAAGAGGUGAAACUAAUCAACAGUGUAAUCAAUCAGACUCGUGGAAGUUUCUCGGACUACUUAGAUGAUGAUAUAUUACCCGAGUUUGAAGAUCUUUUAUCUGGUGAGAUUGAGUAUCCAUUGCCUGAUGAUGAUAAUAACUUGGAGAAAGCUGAGAAAGAGAGGAAAUAUGAAGUCGAGAUGGCUUAUAACGAUGGUGAGCUCGAACGGUUAAAGCAAUUAGUUAAGGAGCUAGAAGAAAGAGAAGUGAAACUUGAAGGUGAAUUACUCGAGUAUUAUGGACUUAAAGAGCAAGAAUCAGAUAUCGUUGAGUUACAAAGACAGCUCAAGAUCAAGACUGUUGAGAUUGAUAUGUUAAACAUCACUAUUAAUUCUCUGCAAGCUGAGAGAAAAAAGCUUCAAGAAGAGCUCUCACAAAACGGUAUUGUAAGAAAGGAGCUUGAAGUGGCGAGAAACAAGAUCAAGGAGUUGCAGAGGCAAAUCCAACUCGAUGCUAACCAGACGAAAGGACAGUUACUGUUGCUUAAGCAGCAUGUAUCAAGUCUUCAAAUGAAAGAAGAAGAAGCUAUGAAUAAAGAUACUGAAGUUGAGAGGAAGCUUAAAGCUGUACAGGAUUUGGAAGUGCAAGUUAUGGAACUCAAGAGAAAAAAUAGAGAGCUUCAACAUGAGAAGAGAGAGUUAUCCAUUAAACUCGAUUCAGCGGAAGCAAGAAUUGCAACUCUUUCAAACAUGACUGAGAGCGAUAAAGUGGCGAAAGUUAGAGAAGAGGUUAACAAUUUGAAGCAUAACAAUGAGGAUUUGUUAAAGCAAGUGGAAGGGCUUCAAAUGAAUAGGUUUAGUGAAGUUGAGGAAUUGGUUUAUCUACGUUGGGUCAAUGCAUGUUUACGGUAUGAGUUAAGAAACUACCAGACACCAGCUGGUAAAAUCUCAGCUCGUGACUUAAGCAAGAACCUAAGCCCCAAGUCCCAAGCAAAAGCAAAACGGUUAAUGUUAGAGUAUGCUGGUUCAGAGCGUGGCCAAGGAGAUACCGACUUAGAAAGCAACUAUUCUCAACCUUCAUCUCCGGGAAGCGAUGAUUUCGAUAAUGCUUCAAUGGAUAGUUCCACAAGUAGGUUUAGUAGUUUUAGCAAGAAGCCAGGAUUGAUUCAGAAACUUAAGAAAUGGGGCAAAAGCAAGGAUGAUUCAAGCGUUCAAUCAUCGCCUUCAAGAUCAUUUUACGGAGGAUCACCGGGAAGACUUAGCUCGAGUAUGAAUAAACAGAGAGGUCCUUUAGAAUCUUUGAUGAUUAGAAACGCUGGUGAAUCCGUAGCCAUAACAACAUUUGGUCAAGUGGAUCAAGAAUCUCCUGGUACCCCUGAAACACCGAAUCUUCCAAGAAUCAGAACACAACAACAAGCUUCUUCUCCGGGUGAGGGUUUGAAUUCCGUUGCAGCAUCGUUCCACGUGAUGUCUAAAUCGGUUGACAAUGUUUUGGAUGAGAAGUAUCCUGCGUACAAAGACAGGCAUAAGUUGGCAGUUGAAAGAGAGAAGCACAUUAAGCAUAAAGCAGAUCAAGCAAGAGCAGAGAGAUUUGGCGGUAAUGUGGCUUUGCCUCCUAAACUUGCUCAACUAAAGGAGAAAAGGGUUGUUGUUCCCUCUGUGAUCACAGCCACAGGUGAUCAGUCUAACGAGUCAAAUGAAUCUAACGAAGGUAAAGCCAGCGAAAACGCUGCAACCGUAACCAAAAUGAAGCUUGUAGACAUUGAGAAACGACCUCCUAGAGUACCUCGCCCGCCUCCAAGAUCAGCUGGAGGUGGUAAAAGUACUAACUUGCCUUCAGCAAGACCUCCUUUACCUGGUGGUGGUCCACCACCACCUCCUCCACCACCUGGCGGUGGACCGCCUCCUCCACCUGGCGGUGGACCACCUCCACCACCACCUCCUCCUGGAGCACUUGGAAGAGGAGCGGGAGGCGGGAACAAAGUUCACCGAGCUCCUGAGCUUGUUGAGUUUUAUCAAUCAUUGAUGAAACGUGAAUCGAAGAAAGAAGGUGCACCUUCUUUGAUCUCUUCAGGAACUGGUAAUUCUUCAGCAGCUAGGAACAAUAUGAUUGGGGAAAUCGAGAACCGAUCAACAUUCCUCUUAGCAGUAAAAGCGGAUGUGGAGACACAAGGGGACUUUGUACAGUCGUUAGCAACUGAAGUCCGAGCUUCUUCUUUCACCGACAUAGAAGAUCUCUUGGCGUUCGUUAGCUGGCUAGAUGAAGAGCUCUCCUUCUUGGUUGAUGAAAGGGCAGUUCUUAAACACUUUGACUGGCCAGAAGGUAAAGCUGAUGCGCUACGAGAAGCAGCUUUUGAAUAUCAAGAUCUUAUGAAACUGGAGAAGCAAGUUACGUCCUUUGUUGAUGAUCCUAAUCUCUCUUGUGAACCUGCUUUGAAGAAGAUGUACAAGUUGCUAGAGAAGGUUGAACAAAGUGUAUACGCGCUUUUACGUACGAGAGACAUGGCGAUUUCACGAUAUAAAGAAUUCGGGAUUCCAGUUGAUUGGUUAUCUGAUACUGGCGUCGUAGGAAAGAUCAAGCUUUCGUCAGUCCAGCUCGCGAAGAAGUACAUGAAACGAGUAGCUUAUGAGCUAGAUUCAGUGAGCGGAUCCGAUAAAGAUCCGAACAGAGAGUUCUUGCUUCUCCAAGGUGUUCGUUUCGCGUUUAGAGUCCAUCAGUUUGCUGGAGGGUUUGAUGCAGAGAGCAUGAAAGCAUUUGAGGAACUUAGAAGCAGAGCCAAAACUGAAAGUGGAGACAAUAAUAAUAAUAAUAAUAAUAAUAGCAAUGAAGAAGAAUCUGUAAACUGAGUUUUAUUACUUCUCUCUGUAUCAUUUGUAUCACAUACUUCAUUUAUAGUACAGUGAAAUUUAUAGAUUCUUGUAAAAAGAAAUACAACAUUUUUCUUUGACAAAAAAAAAAGAAAUACAAUUUUUUUGUGUGUAGGUUUGC